AUGAUCCACGACAACGAGCAUUUAUCUACAAUCGAUAAAUUCACGUACUUACGGACAUCCUUAACCAGCGACGCACUGAGAGAAAUUUCUUCCAUCGAACUUACAGCUGCAAAUUAUUCCAUCGCUUGGAACAGUUUACAAAGGACCUACGAAAACAAGAAACUCAUCGCCAAGUCUUACUUAGAUGCUUUAUUCGCCGUGAAGCCGAUGGAUAAAGAAUCGUACGAACAGCUUAAUCGCGUGGUUGGUGAAUUCGAAACCAAUAUCAUGAUGCUCCAGAAGAUUGGGGAAGACACUGAUGGAAUGAGUACCAUUUUGCAGCAUAUGGUGUGCCAGCGACUCGAUUCGAACAUUCUGCGGAGCUGGGAGAAUCAUCAUAAUUCCACUGAAAUUCCAACAUACAGGAAUCUCAUCGAUUUUCUUAAGGAUCAGUGCAUGGUACUUCGUAGCAUUGGGCUCGGAAGAUCAAAUCAAGGAGACUCCAGAAAACCAGUUCGUCUUCCCACACUGAGUCACAUUGGUGCUCAACCAUCUGCGUCGUGUCCUUUCUGUGAAGAUCAGGUGCAUUCCGCAUUCAAAUGCAACAAAUUCACAAGGCUGAAAGUGACCGAUCGAGUAGAUGAAGCGAAACGUAAGUCGCUUUGUCUUAAUUGUUUAUCACCGGGACACAUAGCCAGAUUUUGCUCAAAAGGAUCGUGUCACACAUGUGGGAAAAGCCAUCACACCCUCCUGCACUCAGGCAACCCCUCAAACACACAGUCAAAACCAAAUCAGAAUCAACAACCGCAAACGGGAAAGAAGAUUCAAACGUCCAACCCGCUACCACAGCAGAGUCAAGAAAACCCUCAGAUUCAAGGCUCGUUAGCAUCUACUCAGCAACCUGCUCGAAAAACAAAUUCAGCAGCGAGUAACACUCAACCACAAACGUCGAGCACCACAGACUACCCUUCCUUUAGCCAUACUACAGUCCUCUCGUCCAAUAUGCAAACAGUUCCAAAUACAGUUCUCUUGUCCACUGCUCUCAUCAACAUCAGCGACGGUCGUGGAAAUACCACCGUUGCUCGAGCUUUGCUAGAUUCUGGAUCACAACUUUGUUUUAUGUCUGAAAACCUUGUUCAGAAUCUCAAUUUUCAACGUCGUCGCGAAUGCUUACCUAUCAAGGGCAUUGGUCAAGCUAGCACCUGUUCCAAGCAAUCAGUAACCGCUUGGAUUCGUUCUCGUGUGUCUCAUUACACCAUUCCAUUGCAGUUCUUUGUAUUGACAAAGGUAACUGCGGAUCUCCCAACAAGAAAACUCGACGUCAGCAAAUGGAAAUUCCCCAGCGGGAUCGUGUUAGCAGAUCCAGAAUUCUUCAAUCCGAGCACGAUAGACAUCAUCAUUGGAGCGGAGAUUUUCUACGAUCUUCUAAUCGAAGGGCAGCACAAGCUAGACGAGGAAGGACCAACUCUGCAAAAUACACAACUAGGCUGGGUUGUGUCGGGAAGUGUCUCCAAGGGUCGCAGCAUCGAUUCCACCAUGGCCGUUGUUUCCUGCUCUGAGGAGAGGUUGGAUGACUUACUCACGCGAUUUUGGGAUUUAGAAUCGUGUCGGACAAAGGGCACAAUGUCAGUAGAGGAAACCCUUUGUGAAAAGAUGUACGAUGAAAUGACAACGAGAGACACUUCGGGAAGAUUCGUCGUAACCCUUCCGAAAAAGCAAUAUCUAAUCGACCGUCUUGGAGAGUCCCGUUCAAUUGCGCUUCGAAGAUUCGUGUCUCUAGAACGACGAUUGAACGCUAACCCUACUUUAAAACAAACUUACAGUGAAUUCAUCCAUGAAUAUUUGGAUCUAAAACACAUGCGUGAAGUUCAAGUACAGCCAAAUGAAGUAGAGUCAUCACCCUUUCCAUACUACAUGCCACAUCAUGCUGUUGUACGACCUGACAGCAGUACUACCAAACUUCGUGUAGUCUUUGACGCAUCCUGUUCCACAAUGUCAGGCGUGUCUCUCAAUGAUGCCUUAAUGGUAGGACCAGUGGUUCAAGAAGACCUACUUUCCACGGUAAUCCGUUUCCGUAUCCACAAGUUUGCCAUCGUGGCUGACAUAGCCAAAAUGUAUAGGAUGGUCAACAUCGCUUCGAAUGAUCAUCGAUUCCAAAGGAUAUUGUGGAGAGACUCCCCAUCUGAGCCAAUUCGGACAUUCGAACUCACGACCGUCACCUACGGGACAUCAUCGGCACCAUAUCUGGCCACCAAGUGCCUCCAGCGCCUAGCAGAAAACGGAGCUGAAUUACAUCCGACAGCUUCGAAGAUUUUGCUGAAGGACUUCUAUGUUGACGAUAUGCUGUCUGGAGCAGAUAGCGUAGAAGAUGGCAUCAAAAUAUACGGUGAAAUGAAUGAACUUCUGGAUCCUGCGGGAUUCACUCUCAGAAAAUGGAGUUCGAACAGCUCUGAAAUAUUGGCAGCCAUUCCUGAAAUUCUUAAGGACGAUCGUACGUCCCUGGAACUGGACUCCUCGAAAUCGACUAUUAAAACCCUAGGGCUUUCGUGGGAACCCAGCUCGGACUAUUUUCGAUUCUCUGUGCCUCAGUGGAACGAUUCUACUGAGAUCAACAAGCGCAUCAUUUUGUCCGAUUUUGCCCGCCUUUUCGAUCCUCUCGGACUGGUAGGGCCAGUAGUAGUCCAAGCCAAGAUAUUUCUCCAGGAUCUCUGGAAACAGAAAUGUUCCUGGACAGAAACACUCAGCGAGGAACUUCAGCACUGGUGGCUGGAAUUUCGACGCAACUUGACUGGACUUUCCACCCUCAAGGUACCUCGUUGGCUGGCUUUUGGCAAUGAUACGGUUUCAGCAGAAAUUCAUGGGUUUUGUGACGCAUCAGAAAAGGCGUACGGAGCAUGCAUCUAUCUUCGAUGCACGACGUACGGUGGUCUUGUAUCGGUCAGGCUAAUCACCGCAAAGUCCAGAGUUGCUCCACUUGACGAUGUUCAACGCACAAAAAAGAAGAUGACUAUUCCGCGUUUGGAGCUGUCAUCUGCCCUUGUUCUAAGUCAUCUAUAUGAAAAGGUGGUCAACAGUUUUGGCAUCUCAGCUCAACCGUUCUUUUGGACAGACUCUACCAUUGUCAAAUGCUGGUUAGCCUCGUCGCCAUCCCGGUGGCAAGCGUUUGUGGCGAACAGAGUGUCGGAGAUCCAACAUUUGACUCGAUCUGGUGUUUGGAACCACAUUGCCGGAUCCGAAAAUCCCGCAGACGUCAUAUCACGCGGAAUGACACCCGAUCAGCUAGCAGAAUAUCGUGUAUGGUGGGAUGGGCCUGAAUGGUUACUCCGGCCAAGAAGUGUGUGGCCCAUGACAGCACUAACAGACGUCAGAGAGGUUGAUCAAACGCUACUGGAGGAGAAGCCCGUUGUCGCUACGCCAGUUCAACAUCAUCAACCAAAUGAAAUCUUCAAGCUACGAUCAACAUUAACAGCGCUAAUUCGAAUUGCAGCUCUGUGCCGAAGAUUUGCUUUUAACUGUAGAAACUUCGAUAAUAGGAAAACAGGAUACUUGUCAUUCCAAGAACGAGAGGAAACCUUGUUGCAACUCGUAAAACUUGCACAGAAGGAAAGCUUUGGAGAAGAGAUUACGCAGCUCUCGUUAAAAGGCGAAGUUAACUCAUCAUCUCGUCUAAUUUCGCUUCGUCCAAAAUUGACGGCAGGAAUCGUCGUCGUAGGUGGACGGCUGGAAAACGCACUCGUUUCCCCUAGCAGAAAACAUCCAAUGAUUUUGGAUAAUCGUCAUCCACUUACUCUUCUGAUUGCUAAUCACUAUCAUCUUAUAUAUCUACACGCUGGUCAACAACUUUUGAUUGCCAGCAUACGAGAACGGUUUUGGCCUCUUCAUUUGAGGAGUUUAUGCAGAAAGGUGGUACGAAACUGCGUGCGCUGUUUCCGCACACGGCCAAGGCUUCAAGAACAAGUCAUGGGCGACUUGCCACCAGAACGAGUAUGUCCGGCCCCUCCAUUUACCCGAGUAGGCGUGGACUAUUGUGGUCCCUUCAAAAUUCGCUUUCCACACCGCAAGACUGAUGUUCGAAUUUGCUACGUGGUAAUCUUUAUUUGUCUAGUCACUAAGGCUAUUCAUCUUGAGAUGGUAUCCGACCAAACAACAGAUGGCUUCAUAGCAGCUCUUCGCCGUUUAGUUGCUCGACGAGGACGACCAGAGAUCGUGAUGUGUGACAACGCCAGAUAUUUUGUGGGAGCAAAAAGAGAAUUGGAUCAACUCCGUCGAUUAUUCAACUCACAGGCAUUCACGAAUUCGAUUCCCCAAGCUGCAGCGAGUGAAGGUAUCAACUUCAAGUUUAUUCCACCCCGGUCUCCCAACUUCGGAGGCCUAUGGGAAGCAGCGGUUAAGUCCAUGAAAUAUCAUCUGAAGCGAACACUCGGGACUGAUAUUGUUACACCGGACGAGUUCUAUACAUUACUAACUCAGAUCGAAGCAUGUCUAAACAGUCGUCCAUUGACCCCUGUUAGCAACGACCCCACGGAUUUGGAGGUACUCACCCCGGGACACUUCCUUGUUCAUCGUCCGAUGUCAGCUAUACUAGAGCCUUCGUUGGAAGCUCUGCGAGAAAAUACCUUGUCGAGAUGGCAAAGAGUCCAGAGAUACCUGCAAACCAUUUGGAAAAAGUGGUCCACAUCGUACUUAUCAAAUUUACAAAAUCGCACAAAAUGGACCACACAGCAAAACAAUCUUACCGAAGGGAUGAUGGUCUUGGUAAAGGACGAUAACCAACCACCACUGCGAUGGUCCCUUGGACGAAUUGUCAACGCACAUACUGGAGACGAUGGAAAGGUUCGAGUUGUGGUAGUCAAAACCAAGGACGGACUGUUCACAAGGGCCAUUUCGAAAAUUUGUGUCUUGCCAAUACAGGACAACGAAUCACUAACUGCUAACAAUCAAAGGACGCAAUAG